AUGGCAGAUCGUAAAACCCAUUAUCAGCCUAAUUCUCCUGCUCCUUCUCCAACUUGUAAUACCAUCCCAACUGAAGAUGAAGUGCUCUCUUCUACAUCAAAUUCUAUGUUAAGAUCUUCAAGCCAACUCAGUACUCAUAAUUUCACCAAUGCAACUAUGAAAUCUAAUCCUGUGAAUAAUGGUUGGGGUUCCUCACUCAGAGCUAGUUCUUCGAAUUACCCGAGUUUCGAACAUUCAACUAGUACUAUUCCUAGUCUGAUCAGUCAAGGUUAUAUGAAUGGUUUGGGUUCUUCAUUGGGAGCUAGUUCUUCUCCUGCUCCUUCUCCAGAUUAUAAAGCCCUCCCAACUGAAGAUGAACUGCUCUUUUAUAUUCAAAGAUUAUCAGAUGAAGAACAGAAACUAUAUGAUGUUGUGUAUACUUCAAAUGGUGCAUCAAACUCUAUAUUGAGGUCUUCAAGCCAACUCAGUACUCAUAGUUUUUUCACCAAUGGAACUAUGAACUCUAAUAAUCUUAUGAAUAAUGGUUGGGGUUCUUCACUCGGAGCUAGUUCUUCGAAGUACCCGAGUUUCGAACAUUCAACUAAUAUGAUUAGUCAAGGUUAUGCUGAGAAUUCGUUUGUUAAUUCUCAACAUCACCCUUACUUCUCUUUAAAGGUGCAAGGUUGGAAUGAUUAUCGGAUUAUCAAAAUCGUUAAUGAGGACCCAAGUCUUAUUUAUGAACUGAAACCAGAUGAUAUAAUCAUGUUGGGCAGACAUAAAUUAGGCUGCAAGUACUUGAUGAAAACUCUAUGCAUUGAAGGUGAAGCAUCGCGACUGACCAAGCUACUAUGCAGCUCGGUAUAUUUGUUCAAAGCAGUCGUAUAUGUUAUCGCCAGCCAAGUUAAUACGAAAUACGGGUCUCGUGCGAUAGAAAGUCUCAUGAUCAGACUGCUCAUGGGAAAUCCUGCGUUGAACGUCUAUGUGUUACGGUUUAUGAAGCCUAGCCUAUUCUCUGUCAUGUCGAACCAGAAUGGAAGCCAACUAGUUCAAAAACUUUGCAAGCAUGUGCAAAAUAUGUACUUGGGGGAUCUAUAUGAAAUAGCAGUGAUAAACUGCAAUAAGCUCGCUACUACAGAACAAGGAUGUUUCUCUCUCAAAGCUGUUAUUGAAUCCAUAGACGAUCCUCUCAAAUUUCAGCUGCUAUCAAUCAUCAUAGACCAGGCCGUGUCCCUUUCUGCACACGAAUACGGGAAUUUUGUGGUGCAACAUGUACUAGAGCGCCAUCCUAAUACUGCAAACCUUAUAUGCAAUGAGCUUAGGGGACACUUUUUUCGACUUUCUAAGGAUAAAUAUGGCAGUAAUGUUGUAGAAAAAUGUACCGAAUCGAAUGCUACCGAUGUUGUAGUUUCGCAACUCCUAUCUGAUUGUAAGCAGCUUGUUGAACUAGCUCAAGAUAAGUUUGGCAACUAUGUCGUCCAAAAAACACUUAAGCUUAGUAAGGGAAAGGCAUUGCGCCAACUAGUUGACGUCCUAUGCAAAUGUUCAGGCGAGCUGGAGAACCAUCCAAAUGGGAGGAAUGUGUAUAACUUGGUUAAAAGGAAAUUGCAUUAG